AUGUCGCAACCCGCCGGCAACCCCAACAAUGCCGACCACGAGACCGCCAAUGCCACAAGCCAUACCAUAGCCUCCAAGGCCGUGGCGCGAGCUCACGGCAUGCUCGUCUACAGCCAACGCCAGGUCGACCGCGUCGUGUCCCCGUCCACGCGCCAGAGAGCCAUGGAUUCGACCACAGACUACGCCGCCAAGCGACCACUGCUCUCGCUCUUCAUCGCGAUCCAGAUCCUCUCAGCUCUCGUCCCAGCGCUCCUCUUCACAACCUUCAUCACCAACACGCUUCUCGUGGCAUUACUCUCAGCCCUCGCAUUCACGCUCUUCUGGACGCUGGUCGCCCUCUUCGUCCUGAUUCCUACACUUCUCAUAACAUGCGGUUUCGCAAUCCUGCUCUGGGUAUGGGCAGUAGGCAGCUACAUCUUCUUCCGCGCUAUCUACAGCCGUCUCCCGCCUUCUUUGCAGGAGCGCUUUCAGUCAUUCUUGAACUUCAAUUCCUCUGGCGACGACGAGAAUGAGAAGAAGCGCGUCAUCUUCCACCACAAGGACUACGACCUCGACGAGGCCGUUGCCGCCGAGGUCGCCGAGGCUAGGGCGUAG